CUUUGGAGCUUCAACACCCCGCACCCUGAAUCGAACGUCUUGAUAAAUUGCAACUAUAGAAAAGGUAUAAUUACUACAAACAAAACACGAAGCUACAAUCCGUUACUGCAGAAACAGAAUGGUUUAGCUUCAAACAUGGCUCGAUGAACCUAGUGUUUUCCCACAUCUUCUUCUUCUUCGCAACACUGAUCAGAUCUUGAUCCAUUUCUGUUUCGGAUCCGAUCCGAUCUAGGCUCGGAACCACGCUCCAAUGGCAGGGGCAGCCUCUGCUCUGUUCCUACUCGACAUCAAAGGCCGUGUUCUCAUUUGGCGCGACUACCGUGGCGAUGUAACCGCCGUCGAAGCCGAACGCUUCUUCACCAAGCUCAUCGAGAAAGAGGGUGAUCCGCAGUCUCAAGAUCCAGUUGUAUAUGAUAAUGGCGUGACCUACAUGUUUAUACAGCAUAUCAAUGUUUACCUCAUGAUAGCAACCAGACAAAACUGCAAUGCCGCUAGUCUCCUUUUCUUCCUGCAUCGUAUAGUUGAUGUGUUUAAGCAUUAUUUUGAAGAAUUGGAAGAGGAAUCUCUUAGGGAUAACUUUGUUGUUGUGUACGAACUACUUGAUGAAAUUAUGGACUUUGGAUAUCCCCAAUACACCGAGGCAAAGAUUCUUAGUGAAUUUAUCAAGACAGAUGCUUAUAGAAUGGAAGUUACACAGAGACCUCCCAUGGCUGUAACAAAUGCUGUAUCCUGGCGCAGUGAAGGGAUAAACUACAAGAAAAAUGAGGUUUUCUUGGAUGUGGUGGAGAGUGUUAACAUACUUGUCAAUAGCAAUGGACAAAUAAUUAGGUCUGAUGUUGUUGGGGCAUUGAAGAUGAGAACGUAUUUGAGUGGUAUGCCUGAAUGUAAACUUGGCUUAAAUGAUAGAGUAUUAUUAGAGGCACAAGGUAGAGCAACCAAGGGAAAAGCAAUUGACUUGGAGGACAUCAAAUUUCAUCAGUGUGUGCGUUUGGCCCGAUUUGAGAACGAUCGAACGAUUUCCUUUAUCCCGCCAGAUGGAUCAUUUGAUUUGAUGACAUAUAGGCUCAGCACUCAGGUUAAGCCUUUAUUAUGGGUGGAAGCACAAGUUGAAAAGCAUUCGAAAAGUCGGAUUGAGAUUAUGGUAAAAGCUAGGAGUCAGUUUAAGGAACGUAGCACUGCCACAAACGUAGAGAUUGAGUUGCCUGUGCCUGUUGAUGCUACCAAUCCAAAUGUUCGGACCUCAAUGGGAACUGCAUCAUAUGCUCCUGAAAAAGAUGCAUUACUCUGGAAAAUAAGAUCCUUUCCUGGAGGCAAGGAGUACAUGUUAAGAGCAGAGUUUCAUCUUCCCAGUAUAACAGACGAGGAAGCAACUCCCGAGAGAAAAGCUCCUAUACGUGUAAAAUUUGAGAUACCAUAUUUUACUGUAUCUGGGAUACAGGUAAGAUAUUUGAAGAUCAUUGAGAAAAGUGGGUAUCAGGCUCUUCCAUGGGUGAGAUACAUAACAAUGGCUGGAGAGUAUGAGCUGAGGCUUAUUUGAGAUAUGUACCCUCGUUUGGUAUUUGAAAUCCACCAAAUAAUUGUAUCAUUCAGUGAUCAAAGCUGGUGGAUGGCGGAGGGAGUUUUGCACGGAAUUAUUAGAAUUUAUUUGGCCAACCACAGCAGAUUAUAAGUUGCUCAUUGUCUUGAAAUUUGGUGUCAACUGAAAAUCAUGAAUUGGGAAGUGUAAGCCAAUACUCUAGUAAGUCCCUACGGUCCAAUCUGUUUUGAUUAAGAAAAUGAUUGAUUCUCUUUUUUACUUUUUAGGCCCCUCUUUGUAAUCACAAUCUCUCCAUCUUUUUCCACUGUCUUCAGAGUGUAAUUUGAUUUACAUUUUAAAAAGAAUUCUUGGCUUUUGUAUUACUAAGUUAAUGACUUCGAGAGACAAAUUAUAGAGAGGGAAAUGAUUGUGCUGUGCCACAACCCGUGUCUGAACGAUAAACAAUAGAUGUAUUUUUAACUAUAUAUUCAUACAGCAUUACAGGUCAA